AUGGCCGAUAACGUAAAUAGUCUUAGUAAGAGCGAUAUUAUCGCGCCUAUUGUUGGUGGUAUAACUAUUCUUUUGCACCUCAUAGCUAUAAAACCAAUCUGGCGGUGUUACAAGAAACGAAGACUAGCCAAGCGCCAACAAGUGGUAACAAACAACGUAGACGACACUACUACAGCAGUACCCUCUGGGAGCACUAUUGAUGAUCAGCGAAAAUCACGCUCACAAAUUGUUGGUCUUGAUAAUGGAUCGGGAAACCCGCCGCUUGAUAUGCCGGCGGUUCCAAACGCACAGCAUGCCCUUUGA